UGAUGUUGGUUUAGAACGUCAACGGGAACGGAUUUGUAUCGUUCAUAGAACAUGAGGAAAGUGGUAAGCCUCAUAUCCACAUCUGCCUGUUGGUCUAUACCCUAUUCCUGCCUUCCGACGCUCCCACUGAAGAACUGUCAACCAGAUAUCACAACCGAGCUAAUUCGAACCUCUGAAUUGCUUUACAUGUUGGGCAGCUUCGAUUUGGCUCGCUGGCUGGUAUUCACUGUGAGUACUUAUCACAUGAGAGGAGUACAAGGUCUCCGAUUCUGUCAUUCGCUGACACGCAUUUCCUCUCAAUCCAUGACGGUUCAGACACCGAAUUUGCCUCGCUCCUGUCGCUAAUGUCCCCUGCGUCCCCCGAUUCUCCGGCUGUCAUGUACGGCAAUGAAGACACAGAUUGAUGUAUGUUUAAUCCAUGUGUUCGGUUCGCGU